GGCCGUGGCGGUGGACGUGGUGGUUUCGGUGGUGGAGGAUUCAACCAAGGACCUCCUUCCGAAGUUGUCGUCGUUGGUGUUUUUGUCAGCGCCUGUGAAGGUGAGAUGGUCUGUAAAUUAAACAACCCCAAGGUUCCUUUCUUCAACGCACCUAUUUAUCUCCAAGACAAAACCCUUAUCGGUAAGGUUGACGAAAUUCUUGGUCCUUUAAACGAAAUUUUCUUCACCGUCAAGAUGGAAGGUGGUAUGUCUGCCACUACAUUCAAGCCUGAUGAUAAGGUUUAUAUUGGACUCGAUAAGCUCCUUCCUAUGGAUAGAUUCUUACCCAAGCCUAAGGUUGCCGGAAAGGCAAAGCUCCGGUUUCCCCGCUCGCGGUGGCCGUGGUGGACGAGGUGGCCGUGGUGGUUUCGGUGGUGA